UUCGCUGCCGCGCGGCGGGGGCCGCUCCCUCCCUACGGCCCCAUGGGGCCGGCGGGGGAGCCGGACAAAGUCCCCCGUGCUCCGAGCCCCGCUCGCCUGCUGCUGCUGCGGGGCGGAGGGCAGCGGGCGGGAGGUGGAGACGGAGGAGGGGUGAGACUUGAGGGGCCGGUCCCGGGAAGUGCUACGUGUCUCCCAAGUCUUUAUACCGCCUUGACCCCAGCGCCAGUCCUUGGAGCGCCGCCUGCCUCGCCGCCAGCGCCAGCGCCAGCAGCACCAUGUCCGGGAGCAAGAAGCAGACGACGAAUAUCCAGAGAGCCACUAAUGUUGUAUAUCAAGCUCAUCAUGUCAGCAGGAGCAAAAGAGGCCAAGUUGUGGGUACAAGAGGUGGAUUUCGAGGCUGCACAGUGUGGCUAACAGGUCUUUCUGGUGCUGGUAAAACAACUAUUGGCUUUGCUCUGGAAGAAUAUCUGGUGUCUCGUGGCAUGCCUUGCUACUCUCUGGAUGGGGAUAACAUUCGGCAUGGUCUGAACAAAAACCUAGGUUUCUCAACUGAUGACCGAGAAGAAAACAUCCGCCGUGUUGCUGAGGUUGCCAAACUGUUUGCUGAUGCUGGUCUUGUUUGCAUAACUAGUUUCAUUUCUCCUUUUGCAAAGGAUCGUCAAAACGCAAGGGAAAUUCAUGAAAUGGCUGGUCUUCCUUUCUUUGAAAUCUUUGUAGAUGCUCCUCUAAAUAUUUGUGAAAGCAGAGAUGUGAAAGGCCUUUACAAAAAAGCAAGGGCUGGAGAAAUCAAAGGAUUCACUGGGAUUGAUUCAGAGUAUGAGAAACCAGAAUCUCCUGAACUAGUGUUGAAGACGAACAUUGCUACAGUGAGUGAAUGUAUCCAGCAGGUUGUGGAGCUGCUACAAGCACAAAACAUUGUUCCCAAAACUGUGAUUAAGGAUGUUCUCGAACUGUUUGUACCUGAAAAUAAGAUUGACCAGACCCGAGCUGAUGCUAACAUGCUGCCUACUCUGGAGAUUACCAAGUUGGAUCUACAGUGGGUCCAAGUCCUGAGUGAAGGCUGGGCCACGCCACUGAAAGGAUUUAUGCGUGAGACAGAAUAUUUGCAAGUUAUCCAUUUUGGCACCCUCAGGAAUGGAAGGGGUAGAGUUGGUAUAGCUCUAGUUGAUGGCGUUAUUAACCUGAGCAUUCCCAUUGUGCUCCCUGUUGCUACGGAAGAUAAGAAACGUCUGGAUGACUGCACUGCAUUUGCACUUGAGUAUAAUGGCCAAAGGGUAGCAAUCCUCAGAAACCCAGAGUUCUAUGAACAUAGGAAGGAGGAGCGCUGUGCGCGUGUGUGGGGGACAACCUGUGUGAAGCACCCAUAUGUCAAAAUGGUGAUGGAAAGUGGGGAUUGGUUGGCUGGUGGUGAUCUUCUUGUGUUAGAGAAAAUAAAAUGGAACGAUGGACUGGACCAAUACCGCUUGACACCACUGGAGCUCAAACAGAAGUUUAAAGAAAUGAAUGCUGAUGCUGUAUUUGCAUUUCAACUGCGCAACCCUGUCCACAAUGGUCAUGCUCUGCUCAUGCAGGACACCAAAAGCCAUCUGCUAGAAAGAGGUUACAAACAUCCAGUGCUUCUGCUGCACCCUCUAGGAGGCUGGACCAAAGAGGAUGAUGUGCCACUAGAGUGGCGAAUGAAGCAGCAUGCAGCCGUGCUUGAGGAACAUGUCCUAGACCCAAAGUCAACUAUUGUUGCAAUCUUCCCUUCUCCCAUGUUGUAUGCUGGUCCAACGGAGGUUCAAUGGCACUGCAGGGCUCGAAUGAUUGCUGGAGCCAAUUUCUACAUUGUGGGCCGAGACCCUGCAGGCAUGCCCCAUCCAGAGACCAAGAAGGACUUGUAUGAGCCCACACAAGGAGGGAAGGUCUUGAGCAUGGCACCAGGCCUGGCCUCUGUGGAAAUCAUUCCCUUCAGAGUUGCAGCAUACAAUAAAGUAAAAAAGGCCAUGAUUUUCUACGAUCCAGAAAGGCAUGAUGAAUUUGACUUCAUCUCUGGAACACGCAUGAGGAAGCUUGCUCAGGAAGGCGAAAAUCCACCUGAUGGUUUCAUGGCCCCAAAAGCUUGGAAAGUCUUAACUGAAUACUACAAAUCACUGGGAAAAAAUAUUCAUUCUAUUUUUCCUCAAAAAUAUGUGUUUUAAGAGUGAGCUCUGAUUGAUUGACUGUAUUUCAGAUCACUUAGUUUGCAUUUUCAAUACCCUAAUGCUAGGAUAGAACAUUUUCUAAUAGGAUCAAACUGUUUUUGAAUGUAUGUAUUUUGGGCCUGGCCCUUCGCCCACUAAAUUAUUGGGAAUUUUCCUUUCAACGUCAAAGGGAGCAGCAGCAGGUCUGUUAUUUAUAGUAGAAUAUGGCUCUAUAUGAUGAUUGUCCAAAGCCAUAUUAGGACUGGCCAGUUGGACAUCUUUAGUGAUGUCAUAGUGGUACACCAACCCCCAAAGGUGCACAGUUUGACCUUAUAGCCAUGAUGUAGUUACGUAUCCAUUAUGCUCUUUAAAUCAGUUACAAACUGGAAAUAGGAAAUAAAUGAUUUAUUGUAUUCCCCUUAUUCCUUAAGAAGCCCAUCUUCUGCAAUGGGCAGAAAGAUUUUCUUUAGCACUUACGUGGGUUUCUGUUGUCUACCAGAGACCCCUUUCUUUCUAAUGCCUCCUAUUAAAACUUGGACUUUUCAGUCAAGAAACUGAACUAAGCUUUAUUGCAGCUCCAAGUUUAGUUUUCUACGUAAGAGACAAUUUAAAGCAGCCCAGCUUGAGUGCCAAGAUGAGGCUGGGAAAAGUGGUGCUUUAACUUUCGAGUCCUGCACUGAGGGCUCCCAGUGGCACUUUCCCUCCCCAGCCAGAACUGAAGGGGAGCUGGCCUGCUUUGACUGCAGGAAGCUGUACUAGAAAAUGCAGGAGGCCCUUA